AUGCGGCUCCGCGCGCCCUUACAAGACGCGUACGGGGCCGCGAACACGGUGCUGGGGCUGCGCUUCUCAGCCGUGCCAUACGGCUCCUACAGCAACUCGUUCUCGAGCUCCUCGCCGGCGUCGCAGCCUGACGACUUCCCCUUCACUCCCUAUACGUCGUUCUCCUUGCUCCACUUCACCCACCAGCCGAUGCGCCCUCUUUCGGAAGACUCGCUCAUGUACUUCCAUCCGCAGGGGAUGCGUAACGACGACACCGACGCGCUGUUCGCCGCCUACCUCGACCCUCCCAUGGCGCCGCAGGACGAUUCGCCGAUGUGCGGGGGUGUGCAGCAACCAGUGAAGUCGCCGCCACUCUGCGCGCGCGCGGCCUCGAGUUGGCCGUUGGCCGCGUGUACAUGGUGGCUGCAAAUCUCCGCUACGGCACCACAUGGCGCGACCGCCUCCAACAUGUGCUGCCACCGAUGAGCACGGUGAGCACGUUGACGUACGGCAGGGCACGAUCGUGCCGCUGCGCCCGGGCCCCAAGAGGCUGGACAGCG